AUGAGCCCUAUAUCCAUCUAUUUCGAAAACAUUGGCGCAUAUGUUCUAUUCACUGUGAGAAGUUUUGAUGUAUUCCUGGAGAAUUAUCAAUACAUGAUUGUCUGUUUGAAUGGUCAAAGUGAAAGUGGAUUAUCCUCAGGAAUCUUUAUGGGCUACGCCACUGGAAGAAGCUUGAAUUCAUCCCGUUUUGUCGAAGGACCGACUUCUCAGUUUGUUCACGCGCCCAGCAAUGGAAUUUACCGCGUUAACAGUAAUGAAGAGCUGACCCUCGUUGGGUUCACAACGGGGAUCGACCGUAUCCCUGUUCAAGGUGCAAUGGGUACUUUCAAACAACUAGCAAUAGAAACCGUCACGAAAGAAUUUGCCGUCGGUCAACAAGCCUCAUCACAAGCAUUCGCAAGUCCAUAUCGAAGAUAG